AAUUUUUUUUCCCUGGGGAAAAGAAACUCUCGUCUCCGUACGGCCAUAAACCCUGACCUGACCUCAGCUCCAUUAACCCUUUCUCCGUCCUCUCCUCUACUUCCUUCUCGUUCUGGAGCCCCUUCGUCGUGGAGAGCUCUCAUGGCGAAGAAGAAGAGAAGACCCGAACCAGAAGUCGGAAGAGACGGCUCAAAAGAGAUUCAAUCGCAGGAUGGUUUCGCCAAUGGCGAGUUUCACGAUUCCGAGGACAGGAAGAAGGAAAUGAAGCAGAAGAAGAACAAGAAGAAGAGGAAGAGUGAGAAGAAUGUGGUUGAGUCGAAGGAAAUCCCCACUGUCAGCAUAGCUGUCCCCGGUUCUAUCAUCGACAAUGCCCAGUCCCUCGAGCUUGCCACUCGUCUGGCUGGUCAGAUUGCUCGUGCUGCCACGAUUUUUCGUAUUGACGAGGUGGUGGUGUUCAACAAUAAGGAUGUGCAAGGAGAUGACAGUGGUGGUGUGUUGACUGAUGAUUCUGAUGAGAAUGAAAGUGGUGCAGCUUUUCUUAUUCGGAUACUGCGGUAUUUGGAGACCCCGCAGUAUCUGAGAAAAGCUCUAUUUCCUAGGCAUAACAACUUACGUUUUGUGGGAAUGUUGCCCCCUCUGGAUGCUCCACACCAUUUGCGGAAGCAUGAGUGGGCUCCAUAUCGAGAAGGGGUGACAUUGAAAGAAAAACCACCAAAUUUCUUGGGAACACUUGUUGAUGUGGGUCUAAAUAAGAAUGUUGUUAUUGAUCAAGUUAUUGAACCUGGAACUAGAGUUACUGUAGCAAUGGGGAUUGAACGAAAUCUGGAUUCAGAGUUGCCACACCUGGUUGUCUCAUCAUUGAAGCCUAGGGAAGAUGAAGGAAGGUAUUGGGGGUACAAAGUGCGAUAUGCUUCUUCUAUCAGUUCAGUCCUUAAUGAAUGCCCAUACCAGGGUGGGUAUGAUCACCUGAUUGGAACUUCCGAGCAUGGAAUGGAUGUGCGGUCAUCGGAGCUUGUUAUACCUACUUUCAGGCAUUUGUUGAUUGCAUUUGGAGGACUUGCUGGAUUAGAAGAAAGCAUUGAAGAAGACAGCAACUUAAAGGGUAAACAUGCGAGGGAAAUCUUUGACAAAUACUUGAACACAUGUCCACAUCAAGGAAGCCGGACAAUUCGAACAGAGGAAGCAAUCUUCAUCUCUCUCCAGUAUUUUCAAGAGCCAAUAGGCCGAGCAUUGGAAGCGGUUGAGCACAGAUGUUAAGCCUGAAUGAAGCCUCGAUGUGCGAAAAGCUGAAGGACCAGUUAUUUAUGAUGUCCCAGCAAUGUUUUCCUCAGAAUGGUCCUGUGUUGGAGCACUGCCUUCGGCGGAUUCUUCUCGGAACCAUCCCGCCUUUUUUGAGCUUCUUCAUGGGGACAUGGACCAAGGGCCGUCUGCGAGUCCAUAGCCACUGCUGUGCAGUUUGCAUGUAAAUGCAGGCUUCAUGAGCUUGAGAUGGAGUGUGCAUCUCUCUUGGCGCUGAUUGACAGGUACAUGUAAUUCCGGGGGGAAAAAGGCAACAUUCUCUCUAGAAAAAGAAUCUUUUUAUCGACUUAUUAGUUAGGUAGUUAUUUUCUGGGUGUCGAGGUGAAUUUAGGUGUAGAAUUCAUUGUGCAACUGCAAAUCUGUUGUGGGCAUGGAGAGACGCGACAAAUGCUAAAGUAGGAAGCCUCAAAGUGAGGAAGCUCGAUGAUUCAAUUUGAGGCUCUCUUGUUUCUCUUCAUGAUAA